UUAAAAACACUCGGUAGUUUCCGGUGUUGCUCGUCGCUGCUCGUCAUCGACCCCUUUCACUGCGGCUCCAUCGCCGAGCGGACUGGCCCGCUGCUCUCAUCCGAGACCUCAGUGCAGACCGUCGGAUCCGUUAACGCACCAACACCGGCUCCCUGAACGUGUCCAGCUCCUGUAAAGAUGCAGGCUAUCAAAUGCGUGGUGGUGGGCGACGGGGCGGUGGGUAAGACCUGUCUCCUGAUCAGCUACACCACCAAUGCCUUCCCCGGUGAAUACAUCCCCACCGUCUUUGACAACUACUCUGCCAACGUGAUGGUGGAUGGAAAGCCAGUGAACCUGGGCCUCUGGGAUACAGCCGGACAGGAGGACUACGAUAGGCUCAGACCACUGUCUUACCCACAGACGGAUGUGUUCUUGAUAUGCUUCUCCCUGGUCAGCCCGGCUUCCUUUGAGAACGUCCGAGCUAAGUGGUACCCUGAGGUGAGGCACCACUGCCCCAACACACCCAUCAUCCUGGUGGGCACCAAGCUGGAUCUGCGAGAUGACAAGGACACCAUCGAGAGGCUGCGGGACAAGAAGCUGUCCCCCAUCACCUACCCGCAGGGCCUGGCCAUGGCCAGAGAGAUUGGUGCUGUGAAGUACCUGGAGUGCUCUGCGCUGACUCAGCGAGGCCUGAAGACGGUAUUCGACGAGGCCAUCCGAGCCGUGCUCUGCCCCCCGCCUGUGAAGAAGAGGGGGAAGAGGUGCACCAUGUUCUGAGGAGGACACAUGCUUCAACACUACACUACAUCACCAUGAACAACAACCACUACUUCUCUGAGAGGAUGAGAGAAAACUAGCGAGAGUGAGUGUGCACUGCUGAGAUUGCUUUCUUUAUAUUGAUGUUUUUUCAGAGUGAUAUUGGCAACAAGACCAAUAUUUAAUCCAAUUUUUUUACCAUAACUGAAUGGGCUCAUAGGUUCUCAGUGACUGUCCACAUACUUUGUACUCAUAGAAACACACACGCUGCCAUGAGGGCUGACUACAGUUUCUCUUACUGUCUUCAUACUGCUACAUCUCUUGUGUUUCAGCCAUGUUUGCUUGAAUUAAUGCAGUGUUGACUAGAUAGGAAGUGUACUAACGCCUUCAGGUCUGAAGUUACCCUCAGCUCCUGAUCCAAGAUCAGCUUGUGGAGACUAAAUGGCAUGCAAACAGAAAUCUGUUUAUCUGACAGUCAAACAAGAUGCUACUGCCUGCAUUCACUCACAAAUAGAGCAUGGUGUCUUACAUGUAAAUAAUGUGGUAGAAGAAUUGAGUGAUGAGUUAAAGGGAAUUCAGUUUUAUUCAAACCUGGGUUUUAUUUUUGUAGUGUUGGCCUCAUUCCAUCAGUAAAAACACAACACAUUUGAUUUAAAAACACACAAUGUGAAGAGCCAUUAACACAAGAAAGUGCUUUAAAGCAACUUGUUAUUAAUCCUGUCUUGUCACAAUCUAAUUUAAAGCUUUUAUUUCACAGAUCUGCACUAAUAUGUUGCUUAUUGUCAAAUCAGUGUAUUUAAUUAAAUGACCACACGGAUAAUAUUGGCCAGCUGUUCUUUAGAUAAGCUGUUACACUAGAUAACAUGUUUGCUUCCUUCCCAUCUCAGCAGUUAUUUAAAUGAUAGCAAUUUAAUGGAUAUUGGUAGGAAUGACAGCCUAAACAAUGGUCCAAUAAAAGUAAAAUAUGGAAGUGACCUAGCUAAAAGAAACUCUGAUCUCAUCACUCUUUUUAGGCUUUUCUCAUUUAAUCUAAUCCACUUUCCUAAGUUUACUUUGCGUUUGAGUUUGCAAUAUUGACUUUACCUUGUUAAAAUAAACACAAGGUCCACUUAAUUGGUGUUUCUGGAGCUUUUAUCCUCACCUUUUUUGCCUGAACAGCAAAAAUAAUUUGCUCAAAAAAGGCUGUGAGAUGUGACUGCUAUUUCCAAGGUCAAAAUAACAACGUAUGAAUCUUAUCAACUGAUUAAGCCAAUGUGAUGAAGGCUCUGGAAAAAACUCCUGAGUAAAAUAUUUUUGGUCAAAUUAUCCGACACAACCACAUAUUUACCCAAAGCUUCCUGCCAGCAUCGAUCUGCGCUAUCCGUUCAGGAUGAAAACUAAAAUGUGAAUUUCUUUCUCUGGACCAACAUGUGAUCUGAGUCAAGUGUCUUUGGGUAACUUCAUCUAACUGUGAACAGACGAGCAUGCCAAACAUGGGGAGCUGAACAACCUUGCUGCCUGACUUCUGCCUCCGGGGGCGGAGGAGCUUGCAUGGGUCUUAAAAUAUUCUGUCUUAAUUUAUCCCAUCGUUUAAAUCUCCUCUUUGUGUGUGUGUGUGUGUGUGUGUGUGUGUGUGUGGGCGAGUGCGUCACAAGCGUGUAAAUGAACACUGGUGUGUGUGUGUGUGUGUGUGUGUGUGUGUGUGUGUGUGUGUGUGUGUGUGUGUGUGUGUGUGUGUGUGUGUGUGUGUGUGUGUGUGUGUGUGUGUGUGUGGACAAGCACGCGUUGGUGGGGGUAGUGCAUAAAGACAGUAUUGUUUAAGCCAAGUUUUUUAGUGUCCAGUUUUUGGUACUAUUUCAUAUUGUAUUGUAGUAAUACACAAGACUUUCAGCAAUCUGUGGACAUAAAGAAAGAAAAAAUGGAUAUUAACGACAUCUAGUGAUGUACAGAAUAAUCCUUAGAAAAAGGAAUGCGUUAUGAAUAUAUAUCUACAUGUACCUGAAUAUUUAGCUCUUGAAACUAAAACAAUUGAAACUAAAGGGAUUAUAGUCGCUUGUGUUGAAGUUAGAAGUGUUGCUAACAGUGUACAAUAAAGGGGCCAAUCUCUGUAGUGUGUCGCCUUUUAUGAAAUGCAUUUCUGUUCCGGUCUGCGGUGUGUCUGUCUCCCCCCCGCGGGGAGACGCAGCACUGCAGCCCCAUCUGUCAUGCUGUCUUUGGUUGGCAUAGCAAUCUGUGGUUGACUCAUGUUGUGUGGUCCUGCUAGCUGAAGGUGUUGAAAUGUAGAUGAGAAACGCAGCAAAAAAGUCUAAAAGCUACUAUUGCAUGGAAGUUCUCUGGUUAUUGACCCACUGUAAUUCUUAGGAGAGGCUGUAUAAUGAAAUGCAUUGGCCAUGUAUGUAUGUAAUGUAAGAUGACUUGUAUACUUGUUCCAACUGUCUGUCUUAUUUUUUAUUACUUCACAUGUCUGUGUGGUGGAAUAUUUCAAUUUUUUGUAUACUAAAUACAAAUGUAUAUGUAAGGCA